AUGGGACGCGGCACAUAUCCGCCACUCUGGAGACUUGUACCUCCCCGUCUCGGGUCAUCUGCCGCGGCGGUGUUUGUCACUCUUGCUGUUUCUGCCACCACGCCGGUGCUGGCUGCAGAUGCUGCAGAUCAGAUGAAUGGUAUCGGAAUGCCGAUCCUCUACUUGGCAUUUCUUCUUUGCAUUGCGUUGGUUACGCGAAAUCGAUUGAUUGAUGCGUUUUACGCCUCAAGGGGUGAUACGGCUACCUUCAUGUGCUUUUCUGCUGCUCUUGCAAAUAUGGCGCUCUCUGUUUUUCUCUACUUCAGCACCGCAUAUAACUAUGGCCUUGUCACUACGGUUUUGGCGUAUAGCAUGGCAUUUUUGAAGGUAAAUGGCCCCCGUGAACUGCACUCAAGGUGGCUACUUGCAGUAUAUCUGGCGUGGUUUCUUUUUCUUCUUGGCUUUCCAACUGCAUGGGGUCCAGGUAUCAUGAAAGCUACGAAUCGAGAAGAUUGUCUUUCGUUUUACGGAACUUUUGCAUCGACGAUGUGCGUUGAUGGAUGGGUUACCUUUGUGAAGAUUGUAUCUUGUAUUAUUGUAAGCAUAACGUUGUUUUCAGUACUUCUCGUAGUAGCAAUGGUUAUGGGUGUGGAUGAUGUGUUACUUUCUGCAGCUAUUUUAUCUGGUGACCAUGUGCAAGAGACUGUGAUAACGGAACCUUUAGUGAGAGAUUCAUCAUCGGUAACAUAUCAUCGAAUUUAG